AUGGCAAGACUAGGUACAACCUCCCACUGUAUUUUGUUUGCAUUCAUUUCAUUAGAGCUUGCCCUAGUCACAGUUGCUCCAGUUGCUGAAAAGGAGAUUCUGCUCCAAUUUAAGGGUAACAUUUCUAGUGACCCUUUUCAAAGUUUGAGUUCUUGGGAUCCCAGCAAAAGCCCUUGCCUAGAUUAUAGCGGCGUGUACUGUGAUUCGAAUGGAAAUGUGGUGAAGAUUUUGUUGUGGAACACUAGUCUUGGUGGGGUGUUGUCUCCGGCAUUGUCCGGAUUGAAGUCUCUGAGGAUUAUAACCUUGUACGGUAAUGAGUUCACCGGUAAUAUCCCUUCAGAAUACGGAGAUAUUGGUACGUUGUGGAAGAUUAACUUGAGCUCCAAUGCGCUUUCGGGGUCAAUCCCCGAGUUUCUAGGUGAUUUGCCCAACAUCAGAUUUCUUGAUUUAUCAAGGAAUGGGUUUAGUGGGGAGAUCCCUCAGGCAUUGUUUGGGAAUUGUUAUCGAACAAGGUUUGUUUCCUUGGCGCAUAACAAUCUUUCGGGGCCUGUCCCCAUCUCUAUCCGUAAUUGCUUGAACUUAGAAGGUAUAGAUUUGUCGUUUAAUGGUCUUACCGGGUUGUUUCCCGAAGAGAUUUGUAGAAUUCCUACAUUGACGUACUUGUCUGUUAGAAAUAAUUUUCUAUCUGGAAAUGUCCAAGAUCAGGUCUCAAGAUGUCAAAGCUUGGAGGUUUUGGAUCUCGGUAGCAAUAUGUUUAGUGGGCCCGGUCCAUUCGAGGUUCUCGGAUCGGCGAAUCUGUUGUACUUGAAUAUCUCGUGGAAUAGGUUCGAAGGAGAGAUCCUGGAGAUAAUAACUUGCCCCGGAAGUUUUGAAUUUCUUGAUGUGUCGGGGAAUGGUUUGUAUGGAGAAAUUCCCCAAAGCAUUGUCAAAUGCAGUGGCCUUAGGUACUUGGAUUUGGGUUUUAACAGGUUUGGUGGAGGUAUACCACUUGGACUAUCGGGUUUGAAGAGCCUCUCGUUCGUUCGACUGGCAAAUAACUCGAUAGACGGAACAAUCCCCGCAGAAGUCGGGAAUAUUGAAUUGCUUCAAGUGCUCGACUUAAGCAACCUUCGACUCAGUGGUGAAAUCCCAGCUGAGAUAACCCGUUGCCGUUAUCUUCUCGAGCUGGAUCUUUCCGGAAACUUCCUGGAGGGAGAGGUUCCGGUGAACCUAGACAACAUGACGUACCUUCUAAUUCUUGACGUGCACCACAAUCGCCUCAACGGAGUCAUACCACCAACAAUCGGGAAUCUGUCGAACUUACAUUCUUUAGAUUUUUCGGAAAAUUCACUCUCUGGUCCAAUCCCCACGACACUAGGAAAUUUAAACAACUUAACCGAUUUCAACGUCUCGUACAACAACCUUUCCGGUGCUAUACCCUCGAUACAAAUCAUCCAGCAGUUUGGCUUCUCUGCUUUUUUUCACAAUCCGGGACUUUGUGGAGCCCCAUUGGACAACCCGUGUUCAGGCCGUGCUUCUUCAACCUCGGCUGCAAGAAAACCAAAAUUAAGCGCUUCAGCCAUUGUUGCCAUAGUUGCUGCUGCCUUAAUCGUGACCGGCGUUUGCAUUAUUACCGUCAUUAACAUGCGGGCCCGCAAAAUGCGGAAAGAAGAUGGCCGCCAAACUAUGGUUGUUGAGAGCACUCCGCCUCUUACCUCGACAGAAUCAAAUGUCAUUAUCGGGAAACUUGUACUCUUCAGCAGAAGUCUGCCCUCGAGGUAUGAAGACUGGGAGAUAGGCACAAAGGCUUUGCUCGACAAGGAAUGCCUGAUAGGCGGGGGCUCGAUCGGGUCAGUGUACAAAACCACAUUCGAGGGAGGGACCUCCAUUGCCGUUAAGAAAAUCGAGACGCUCGGGAGAAUCCGAAAUCAAGACGAGUUUGAGCACGAAAUCGGACGUCUCGGGAGCCUCCGGCACCCGAAUCUUGUUCCUGUCCAAGGAUACUAUUGGUCAUCCACCAUGCGGUUAAUUCUUACUGAAUUCAUCCCAAAAGGGAAUUUGUACGAAAACUUGCAUGGGCUCGGUUACCCUGGAACGAGUACAAGCUCGGGUAAUCCGGAGCUAAAUUGGCCGAGAAGGUUUGGGAUAGCUGUUGGGACAGCUCGAGCCCUCGCCUACCUUCACCAUGACUGCAAGCCUCCGGUUUUUCAUCUUGACAUCAAGUCCACUAACAUACUCUUGGAUGAGAAUUACACAGCAAAGAUAUCCGAUUUUGGCUUGGUGAAAUUUCUCCCCAUGCUCGACAGUUAUGGUUUCACGAAGAUGCACAGUGUGGUCGGGUAUGUUGCACCCGAGCUGGCUCGAAGUUCGAGAAUUAGCGACAAAUGCGAUGUUUAUAGUUUUGGGGUUAUCCUAUUGGAGUUGGUUACUGGAAGAAAGCCUGUGGAGAGGCUCGGGGCUAAUGAGGUGGUGAUUUUAGGCGAGUUUGUUAGGGGUGUAAUAGAAAGAGGUUCGGCUUCUGGAUGUUUUGACAGAAGUUUGAGAGGAUAUGCAGAGAAUGAGAUGAUUCAAGUGAUGAAGUUGGGAUUGGUCUGCACGUCUGAGGUGGCCUCGAGGAGGCCGAGCAUGGCCGAAGCUGUUCAGGUUCUUGAGUCGAUAAGAAACGGUUUGGAAUCGUGA